AGACUGUUGACAUUCAGGGAUGUGGUCAUAGAAUUCUCUGUGGAGGAGUGGCAAUGUCUGGAUACUGCUCAGCAGAAUUUGUACAGGAAUGUGAUGUUAGAGAACUACAGAAACCUGGUCUCCCUGGGUAUUGCUGUCUCUAAGCCAGAGCUGAUCACCUAUCUGGAAGAAAGGAAAGAGCCUUGGAAUCUGAGCAGACAUGAGAGAGUAGCAAAACACCCAGGUAGGUGA